AUGUCCUCCAACUUUGUUGCUGAAGUUACCACCUCCAAGGGCGAGAAGAUCUCUAUUCGCACGGGUCUUUUCAUCAACAAUGAAUUUGUUGCUGGUGCCAACACUAUUGACACUGUCAACCCCACCACCGGUGAAGUCAUUGCUGCUGUUCAAGCUGCCGAGGAAGAGCAAGUCAACGCUGCUGUUGAUGCUGCCGAGAAGGCUUAUCGCGAUGUGUGGAGCAAGACUACCGGUCGUGAGCGUGCUCGCCUUAUGAACAAGCUUGCUGAUUUGAUUGAAGAGCAUGUGGAUGAACUUGCCAAGAUUGAAACCUUGGAUAACGGCAAAGGCAUUGCUUUCUCAAAGGGAUUUGAUGUCCCUGAAGUUGCAAAGACCCUUCGUUACUUUGCUGGUUAUGCUGAUAAGAUCCACGGCAAGGUCAUGGAAACCCAAGGCAAGCUUUCUUAUACCCGCCAUGAGCCUAUUGGUGUAUGUGGUGCUAUCAUUCCAUGGAACUUCCCCAUCAUGAUGCUUGGUUGGAAGAUUGGUCCCGCUCUUUGCACUGGCAACACCAUCGUUGUCAAGACCUCCGAAUUGACCCCUCUCUCUGCUUUCAAGUUGGGUGAAUACAUUAAGGAAGCUGGUUUCCCUCCUGGUGUUCUUAACAUUAUCACUGGUUAUGGUGCUAUUGCUGGUGACAAGCUUGCUCGUCAUCCCAAGGUUGGCAAGAUUGCUUUCACUGGUAGCACCGCUGUUGGUCGUAUGAUCAUGAAGGCUGCUGCUGAAUCCAACCUUAAGAAGGUCACUCUUGAGCUUGGCGGCAAGUCUCCAAACAUCAUCUUCGAUGAUGCUGAUCUUGAUCAAGCCGUUGCUUGGGCUCACAAGGGUAUCUUCUUUAACCAUGGUCAAGUCUGCUGCGCUGGUUCGCGUAUCUAUGUCCAAGAGGGUAUCUAUGAUAAGUUCCUUGAACGCUUCAAGGAAUACACUUCCAAGACCAAGGUUGGUGACCCCUUCAGCGAGGACACUUUCCAAGGUCCACAAGUAUCCAAGGUUCAAUUUGAUCGUAUCAUGGGCUACAUUGAAUCCGGUAAGAAGGAAGGUGCCACCUGCUACAUGGGUGGUAACCGCCUUGGUGAUAAGGGUUACUUUAUUGAGCCUACGGUCUUCACUGAUGUCAAGGAGGAUCAUGUUUUGAUGAAGGAGGAAAUCUUCGGCCCCGUUGUUGCUGUUUCCAAGUUCAAGACCAUCGAUGAAGUUGUUGAGAAGGCCAACGACAGCGCUUAUGGUCUUGCUGCUGCCGUUUUCACCAGCAACAUUAGCACCUCUAUCACUGUUGCUAACAAGCUUGAGGCUGGUACCGUUUGGAUCAACUGCUUCAACGAAUUGGAUUACAACACCCCCUUCGGUGGUUACAAGCAAAGUGGUAUUGGCCGUGAAAAUGGUGAAUACGCUCUUGAUAACUACUACCAAGUCAAGUCCGUCAAGAUCAACAUUGGCUUGUAA